CAAAAUGGGGAAAAGCUAUAAAAACACCAACCCCUGAACAUGUGAGGCAUCAAAAGUGUGUGAACGAUCGCGAGUAUCGAUUCGGCGAAGUGAUGGAUUUCCUGAAGGAUCUUAACCAACCGAAGGUGUACGAGCUGAAGAAAGCGUUUUGUCUGUUCGAUCUUGAUGGUGACGGUGUGAUUAGUGAGCAAGAUCUGAAGAAUACAUUCUUAACGCUCGGUGUGGACAAAUCCGAGUACGACAUUGAUCAGAUGUUCGAUGGAGUAGUGCAACCCCUCAAUUUGGAUGUGUUCCUGCUGCUGAUGCUGCAACGUGCCAACGGGCUAGCACCGCAAGACGUUAUGGUCGGUGCAUUCCGAAUGUGGGACAAGGCCAACACGGGCUUCAUCGACAAGAACCGCUUUAUUCACGAUAUAACUACGUACGGUGAUCGAUUCACCCAGACCGAAGCGAAGGAAGCAGUGGCCGAUGCUGCAAUCACACGCGGACCACAGCUCAACAGCGAAGGGCAGCUGCUGGAAAAGCUAGACUAUCUGGAUUUCGCAGAGAGCAUAUCCGGGUUCCAGCGGACAGAUCACAAGUAACGCUCCGCAUUCUAGCCGAAGGGGGGGUGCACCAAGAGAACCAUCGUACGAAAGAUGCCGAAAGUAAUGUGCAGCAACACCAAAGGAAUGUUCGACUUCGGCAAGUCAUCUCCCGAUGCAGCUAUCGUCAGUAGAAAUUUCAAUAAACAUGCGACAGCGAACGCUCAUAAUCUGGGUGACUGUGCCAACUUACAGCGAAGAUAUACUGCAUUGCCAGUGCAGUCCAACGAGCGAGAAAGGUCAGCCACAAUUAUGGUUCCACAGCCCGGACUGCAUAGAAACGGUUCCAUCUUUUGGAUGCAGACAGUCAUUUGGAAAGGAAAGCUUAAAGGUUUGCUGUUGUGCCGUAAAUAAUUUUCAAUGCAAUUAAGUAAAUUGCAGCUGUCCUUUCGCGUGCAUAUUUUAUGUGGAAAUCUUAAUAAAAGCCACUCCUUAAUAGAACCUUUCGGGAUGUUCUUGGUAAGGUGCAACCUUUUAUCUUAAUAUCUGCCUUUGAAGUAUUCAUGUGAGAUUCGGAAUUUGGAAGAAGCAAAGAUCUAAUUACUGCAAAGUCUCGGAUUAGAUUGGAUCCUAAAUGAUGGAUCUGAAAACGGUUGGGACUCGAAAAGGGUUCGAAUCCGAAUCCGAUUCGAAUCCGGUCCGAUUCUGAUCCGAAUCCGAUUCGAAUCCGGUCCGAACCCCAUCCGAAUACAAUUGUGUUCCAACAGGAAUUCGAUUGCCAUUCGAUUAAAAUUCGAUUAGGAUUCGAUUGUGAUUCGAUUACGAAUCUAUAGGAAUUAUGUCUAAGACGAGCUUGAAAAGGCUAAAAAAUAGUAGAAAUUGAAAAGAGCUUUGUAUUUCAAUAAAUUGAGCAAUAUUUCAGUA